AUGCCUACUCAAGUGCGAAUUUUCUCCCGGCCCAAAAGCCUCGGCGAGACGCUCGCGCAACCUACCACACCAUCGUCUGUUCCUCGAUCUCUUCCUGACGUCAACGGCAACUGGAAGCAUCCUGACUUGCUCAAGACUAAGACCAACGGAGUCAACGGCGUGAGCCCCACCAGCGGCGUCAUCGGUUACAAGAUCAACGGCACCAACGGAGCCGCAUCCAUGGGUGUCUACGACGAAAAGUCCAAGGGUGGCGUCACCUUUGCGCACCAGGACGACCUCCCGCAUCUGCCCAUCCCCGAGCUGUCGGAAACGACAGAAAAGUAUCUUGCGGCACUCAAGCCUCUACAAAAUGCACGAGAGCACGGCGAGACCAAGGCCGCUGUGGCCGAGUUUCUCAAGCAGGACGGCGCUGAGCUGCAAGAGAAGCUCAAGCGAUAUGCCGAGAGCAAGACGAGCUACAUUGAACAAUUCUGGUACGAUUCGUAUCUCAACUACGACAACCCCGUCGUCCUGAAUCUCAACCCUUUCUUUCUGCUCGAGGAUGACCCUACGCCUGCGAGAAACAACCAAAUCACCCGUGCCGCGUCGCUUGUGGCGUCCUCGCUGGAAUUCGUUCGUGCCGUGCGCAGGGAAGAGCUGCCCCCGGACACGAUCAAGGGUACGCCGUUAUGCAUGUACCAAUUCUCUCGACUCUUCGGCACUGCUCGUGUUCCUACCGAGAAUGGGUGCCAAAUCGUUCAGGACCCCGAGUCCAAACACAUCGUUGUCUUGUGCCACGGUCAAUUCUAUUAUUUUGAUGUUCUGGAUGAUAAUUCUGAUGUCAUCAUGACGGAAAAGGACAUCUCUAUCAACCUCCAGACGAUCAUUGAGGACGCCGCACAGACUGGGAUUCAGGAUGCCGCCAAGGGCGCUCUCGGUGUCCUCAGCACCGAAAACCGAAAGAUCUGGUCUGGCUUGCGUGACGUCUUGACGCGUGAGGAGGGCUCCAACAACGCUGACGGUCUUGCAAUCGUGGACUCGGCGCUAUUCGUGCUUUGUCUCGAUUACACUGAGCCUGCUGACGUUGAUGCCUUGUGCGGCAACAUGCUCUGCGGUACGAGCGAGGUUGAGAAGGGCGUGCAAAUUGGGACAUGCACCAACCGAUGGUACGACAAGCUGCAGAUUAUUGUCUGCAAGAACGGUAGCGCGGGCAUCAACUUUGAGCACACUGGUGUUGAUGGCCACACGGUCCUGCGGUUCGCUAGCGAUGUCUACACAGACACGAUCCUUCGGUUUGCCCGAACGAUCAAUGGACAGGCGCCAACGCUCUGGGCUACCACCAGCCCAGAUCCCUCGAAGCGCGACCCUUCCAGCUUUGGUGAUGUCCACACGACGCCGCACAAGCUGGAAUGGGACAUGCAGAACGAAUUCCGCACUCUCGACUUCAAGCACUACGGCAAGAACUUCAUCACUUCCACCGGCUUCUCCCCCGACGCGUUCGUUCAAAUGGCCUUCCAAGCAGCCUACUAUGGUCUCUAUGGCCGUGUCGAAUGCACGUACGAACCUGCAAUGACCAAGACGUUCCUACACGGCCGCACAGAAGCCAUCCGCAGCGUCUCGGCCGAGUCAAUCAACUUUGUUCAAACCUUCUGGGCCGACAAUCCCGCCGAGCAAAAGGUUGAGGCUCUGCGCAAGGCGUGUCAGAAGCACACGGCCAACACGCGUGAGUGCGCCAAAGCGCAAGGCUGUGACCGUCACCUCUAUGCUCUCUUCUGCGUCUGGCAGAAGCUUGUAGAUGAGGAGAUGGGCGGGGGACUUAGCUCGAAUGGCUACAACUCGUCGAUCGAUGGCUACUCCGAGCGCGAUCCCGGUUCGGCCGUUGGCAGCCCGGGCCGCGACUCGGUGCUCUCUCAGCAAGACGCCAAUGACAUCUCGCCCUCCCCUGGGCGCCGCCAGCGUGGCGACAGUACCAACUCGCGCAGCCGAGACGUGAACCCCUUGCCGCUUCUCUUUGCUGAUCCGGGCUGGGACAAGCUCAACAACACGAUACUCUCGACUUCAAACUGUGGCAACCCCUCGCUGCGCCACUUUGGCUUUGGUCCCACAUCUGGUGACGGCUUCGGUAUCGGUUACAUUAUCAAAGACGAGGGGUGCUCCCGCAUCACGACGAGGCGCGGCACAGGCCCCAGCUUCUGGCGGCGCCAAGCAGACCCCGCGCACGGGAGCUCGAGGACACCGGAACCGCCCAAGCCUCCCGCGACGCACAGGAUGAAGUCGCGCGGACGGAUCAUUACGGGCCUUGACGCGCUGAAACCCUCUUUCGCGCGGUCAUCGACGGUGGGAACCAUGUCGCCUACGGAGGAGAGCGUGGCCAUGAGCGACGACGAGCUCGGCGGAUAUGGGUUCUUUGACGCCGGCAUGCUCCUGCAGGCGCUCAAGGCGCGGGGUGAGGGGUAUGACGGCGGGGAGACGAAGCCGUCGGAACGGGCGGCCGUGCAGGCGCGGAGGCGCGAUGUUGGCAAGAAGCUUCGUCUGAGUGACUACUAG